AGGACGCGGCCUCCUCAAGAAAACAUGGCGCGUGCGGUCGAUACUCACGUGGUGCUGACUUUUAAGACGUAUCGCACCAGAGAAGAGGGAGAUCCCAAUAGGCGGAGAUGGAGUCUCUCUUGGACUCGCUGACCAAGGCCUAAUCUCGGACGAAGGAAAUCGUCUCCCGAAUCCAGACACUGCAACCCUAGAAUCCAAUUUCCCAUUUCAGCCAUCCCCUUCUCUCGAUUCAUUUCAAAAGCAGUUGCUUCUCUGCUUUCCUUCAAUCGACACGCGAUCUGAACCUUCCCAAACCCUAUUUCUCUUCUGCUACAGCUCCAGUUUCCGAAUUCUGAUUGAUCAGCUGCAGAUCCGAAAUGCCUGUGGCAGCUUCUGCUAUCUAUUUCCUCAAUCUCCGCGGCGAUGUCCUCAUCAAUCGCCUCUAUCGUGACGAUGUCGGUGGCAAUAUGGUGGAUGCAUUUCGGACGCAUAUAAUGCAGACGAAGGAGCUUGGUACAUGCCCUGUUCGGCAGAUCGGAGGCUGUUCUUUCUUUUACAUGAGGAUCAGCAAUGUGUACAUUGUGAUUGUUGUCAGUAGCAAUGCCAACGUCGCUUGUGCACUUAAGUUCGUCGUUGAGGCAGUUGCACUGUUCAAAUCUUAUUUUGGUGGGGCAUUUGAUGAAGAUGCUAUCAGGAAUAACUUUGUCCUGAUUUAUGAGCUUCUGGAUGAAAUCAUGGAUUUUGGCUACCCCCAAAACCUUUCUCCUGAAAUAUUGAAGCUUUACAUCACCCAGGAAGGAGUUCGUUCACCAUUCUCGUCCAAGCCUGCAGACAAGCCGGUCCCGAAUGCAACUCUCCAAGUUACAGGUGCUGUUGGUUGGCGCCGUGAGGGUCUUGUUUAUAAGAAAAAUGAGGUGUUCCUAGAUAUUGUGGAAAGUGUGAAUCUCCUUAUGUCUUCAAAAGGUAGUGUUCUGCGGUGUGAUGUAACUGGAAAGAUUCUCAUGAAGUGCUUCCUCUCUGGAAUGCCUGAUUUGAAGUUGGGCUUAAAUGACAAAAUUGGUCUUGAAAAGGAAGCGCAACUUAAAUCUAGACCUGCUAAAAGUGGCAAGACUAUUGAGCUCGAUGAUGUUACUUUCCACCAAUGUGUAAACUUGACAAGGUUCAACUCAGAAAAGACUGUCAGUUUUGUACCACCUGAUGGUGAAUUUGAAUUAAUGAAGUAUCGUAUUACUGAGGGUGUAAAUCUUCCAUUUCGGGUGUUGCCAACAAUCAAGGAAUUGGGUAGGACGAGGAUGGAAGUAAAUGUUAAGGUGAAGAGUGUUUUCGGUGCAAAGAUGUUUGCUCUUGGAGUAGUGGUCAAGGUUCCGGUGCCAAAGCAGACAGCAAAGACAAGUUUCCAAGUGACAUCUGGUCGAGCAAAGUAUAAUGCGGCUAUUGAUUGCUUGGUCUGGAAGAUAAGGAAAUUCCCUGGACAAACUGAGCCAACCAUGAGUGCCGAGAUCGAGUUGAUUUCCACAAUGACAGAGAAGAAAUCCUGGACUAGGCCCCCGAUUCAGAUGGAAUUUCAGGUUCCAAUGUUUACAGCAUCGGGAUUACGAGUCCGGUUUCUCAAGGUUUGGGAGAAAACUGGAUAUAAUACGGUGGAAUGGGUUCGCUACAUUACCAAAGCCGGGUCAUAUGAGGUCAGAUGCUAGAGGCUUUGGAAGUGUUCUUUUGCAAACUUUGUGAAGAUGUGUCAGGAGGGAAUCUUUUUAGCAAGUCAACCUUGGACAUAGAGCUACGAGAGAAUGAUUUUGCUUAUUGAUCUGGUAAAUUGCCACCUUUCCCCUCAAAAGAAGAGUCUGCCUGUUAUAUUUUCAUGUAUUGUGAUUAUUACUAUUUUUCUACUGUUUGUUCUUCAACUGGCACUUGGCAUUUGAUUCUUUGGAAUGGAAAUUUUACUUGCAUGGAUUGUUUGUAAAGGCUGAUCAUCAGUUGGGGUUGUAAGAAAGAUCAACAUUGGCUGUUGCUCUUGGUGGGAUGUCCCAGAAUCUUUUUGACUGAUUGAAAUCAUUUUUAUUGGAUAAUGGUCAAUCCAACUAUUGUAAUGUUUUUGUAAUAUUUUUAAGAAGCAUGCAUGAUUCAUUAA